AUCAGCCCUCAAAAUGGGUUUGAACAGCAUUCAACCGAUGGAAAUAAGCCGACCAGGUCUAAACGGUGUACAAACUGCAGAGCUAGGCCAGCCAGGGGCAGAAAUCAUCAAGAAACCCUACGUUCCACCGCAGCCAUUGUCAUGUGGUCAAAAAGUUAAGCGAUGGUUUAAGAAGUACUUCCUAGAAGGUCAACAUUUGGAAGAGGACGCUGAGGAGGAACUGCAUAAUUUGCCAGAGAAUCCAACAUGGCACGAUCUGAUUUUCAUCAAGUACCGUAAAUUUGUCGCAAUGCUUAUCCCCUUCGUUUUGAUGCAGUCAUUCUGGUGGAUGCUUGCAAUUCGAUGGAAUUUCUUCGAAUGGUAUCCCGAAUAUUGGCACAUGCCUGUCACUAUGAUCCUCGGCUCAUUUGUUGGAGGUAUGACGUCAGAAGGUAGUGGUGCCGUUGCUUUCCCUGUCAUGACAUUAGCCCUACACAUUGCGCCAAGUAUAGCCAGAGAUUUCUCCCUAAUGAUUCAGUCUUGCGGGAUGACAUCGGCGCUGAUGUGCGUACUAUUUAUGAAAGUGAGAAUUGAACACCGUGCUGUGAUUUUGGGAACACUUGGAGCCGUUCCCGGUUUCAUUAUUGGAGUGCAUUUUGUCGACCCCCUCUUCAAUGGGCCACAAAAGAAAAUGAUGUUCGUGUCAAUCUGGACUGCGUUCGCCAUUGCGCUCUGCAUCCUAAACACACAGAAGAAAAGACCUACGUUCAAGGAAAUUCCUGACUUCAAACCAUGGAAAGCAGUCGUCCUCUUCAUUACCGGAUUUGUGGGAGGUGUUUUCGAUGCAUUUGCUGGAUCUGGAGUUGACAUUUGCAUCUUCUCAAUCGCUACGCUUCUCUUCCGUGUAACUGAGAAAACCGUCACACCCACUACCGUAGUACUCAAAGGAAUCAACGCUGUGAUUGGAUUUUACUACAGAGCGGCUAUGAUGGGAGAUAUAUCAGAAAUGGCUUGGAGAUAUUUUGCACUCUCCAUCCCAGUUUCAUCAAUCACUGGUCCACUUGGAAGUUUCCUUGGAUCGCAUUUACAUAGACAGGUUGUCGCCGGCUUUGUCUACAUUCUCGAGAUCAUGGCUUUGAUCGGUUUCCUUCUAACAAAACCCACAUGGCAACUCAUUGCCGCUGGAGGCUGCAUCAUCUUCGCUGGUUUUGUCUUCUUCUCCCUCAUUUCAAAAUCUGGUCAAAUUAUCCUUAGAAACAUUGAAGAGAAAGAAAAACGACAACAAGAAACGGGAACUGUCUAAAUUGUUGAUGUAUGGGUUUUGUGAUUUGUAAAGCAUGGUAUUAUGUCAAAGCCUGCUUUCGGCACACUUAUUUACUGUUGGAACUUUGUUGCCUUCAUAUUAUCUUUGC